AUGGCGGAAUUCCACACCUUGAGGACCAUUGAUCUGAGUCUGCUGCGUAAACGUUCUGGUCAGGGGAAUGUUGCAGAUAUCCAAAUGCUUGACAACAGCAAACUUCCUCUCCAUAGAAGCACCGAGGAACUAAAUGGUUCUUGUGUUACCUUCAGCUACAAUCUUUGGCAAAACCUCGAUAUAAUCACCAUUCUUCGUAACUCCAGUUUCAGCACAGUGCCUGUCUGUCAAUUCAGUGAAUGGAAAUUGAAGAUUUGGGACUGGAGCUUGGCUAAGAGCUCAGGCUUGCACAUAGUGACUUUGGAGGUGAUAGCUAAUAUGCUGAAAAUUGACAAACUCUCAGUGAGAGAAAGAAACAAAUAUAAGGACAAUGGAGAACUAGGAAACAAAUUAUAUAAAAAGAACCAAAAGAAUCCUCAGACGAUACAGCAAACUCUCAAGAGGACAUUGCAGUAUUAUGAGCAUCAAGUUAUCGGUUACAGGGAUGCAGAAAAGAAUUUCCACAAUAUCUCUAACAGAUGUUCCUAUGCAGACCACUCCAACAAAGAGGAGAUUGAAGACGUCUCAGGAAUUCUUCAGUGCACUGCUAAUAUACUCGGUUUGAAGUUUGAGGAGAUUCAAGAAAGAUUUGGUGAGGAGUUCUUUAAUAUAUGCUUUGAUGAGAAUGAGCGAGUCCUUCGGGCUGUAGGUGGCACGUUGCAGGACUUUUUUAACGGCUUUGAUGCUUUGUUGGAACACAUUAGAACUUCCUUUGGAAAACAGGCCACCCUGGAGUCACCAUCUUUCCUAUGCAAAGAGCUCCCUGAAGGUACUCUCAUGCUCCACUACUUUCACCCUCACCAUAUUGUGGGGUUUGCAAUGCUGGGGAUGAUUAAGGCAGCAGGAAAGAAGAUCUAUCGGCUGGAUGUGGAAGUGGAACAGGUUGCAAAUGAGAAGCUGUGCUCCGAUGGUUCGAACCCAGGCAAUUGUAGCUGUCUUACUUUCCUUAUUAAAGAAUGUGAAAAUACUAACAUCACAAAGAACCUUCCACGGGGAACCUCCCACGUUCCUGCAGACCUCAGAAUCAGCAUCAACACCUUCUGCAGAGCCUUUCCCUUUCACUUGAUGUUUGACCCCAACAUGUCGGUCCUUCAGCUGGGGGAAGGCCUAAGGAAGCAGCUCCGGUGUGACGCUCACAAAGUGCUCAAGUUUGAGGACUGCUUUGAGAUUGUCUCUCCAAAGGUUAAUGCCACCUUCGAAAGGGUCCUGCUGCGACUGUCUACCCCGUUUGUGAUUAGAACCAAGCCUGAGGCUUCUGGCACUGAAAAUCAAGACAAG